AUGAAGAAGACGGCUAAACCUAAUCUAGCUAGGUCGGCGCCGGCUUUGGGCUUGAAUUGUGCGGAUUGGGCUUCAAAAACGGCUUCGGGUCGACCGCGGCGUUCGGACGGUCGGUCGGGACGGUCGGCCGGACAGUCGGGUCUUUGGCCGAGUCGGAACGGUCGUGGCCGGAUGUUCGGUCGGCCGGCGUGGUCGGACGGAUGGAUUGGCCGAUGGAAAUCUCGGCCGGACGCGGGACGUAGCUUCCCGGGCUCGGACGGCGUUCGUGCCGUGGUACGCGAGAGUUGCGCGGCCGCGAGGCGUUACUUCCCGGCUCGCGCGCUGGUCGUGCGCGGGUGGCGUGGGCGUUGUGGCGUGGCCGACCGCGGGCUUAGUUUCCCGGGUCGUGAUCGUGAUCGGCCGAGUGGUUUUUUGGCCGAGACUUCAGACGGACGGAUCGGUUUUGGCCGAGCGCGGAACAUUCGUUCCUCGGCCAGCCGGACUGCGGGUUUGGGCGCUGAUUCUCGAUAG